UUGGUCGCGAGCAAUUCUGUCCUUAAACUCUUACCCCCAUACUCUGGCCAUACGCUGACUCGCUGGCUUUUUCGUGUCUCUAUUAACGAUUCCGGGCUAAUACACGAAGAGAGCCAUUUUGUUGUCUGCCCCCAUCGGCUUUUUGCCAGCGCCGACUCAUCCGCAAAACAACUUUCGAGUUAAAAUUUAGGCUUUGGCACAACGAGGCCUUCGAACGCCACCGUUUUCGCUUCGGCCUCUCUUAGCCUUAUGCGGGUCGCGCGAGCCGACUGCGCCACCUAUCGGCCGACUCCUGCGCCACCCCGACUGUGAUCUCGCUGACCUAGAUCACCAGACGUCCAAAAUUUCUGAUGCAACACUGAGGAGUCUGUCGGGAUACCGUCGAUUCACACCCGCAUCGCUCCAGAUUCACACGCCGGCGACUCGAGGAUCAUCGCCAAGAUGACGGAAGAGGAAUCGAUGUUUGAUCCUAAACUCACAAAGAAGAAGAAGAAAAAGAAGACAGGCUUUGAUUUGGAUUCUGCUAUUGCAGAAGGAGGUAAUACUGUUAUUGAAACAAUGGAAAACUCCAAAGUAGAUAAAGAAAAUAUGGAAGUUGAAUUUGCUGUACCAGAAGAUCAGGAAUCCUUAGAUCUUGAAAACUUUGGUAAAAAGAAAAGGAAAAAGAAAAAGUUCAAUCUAGAAGAACUGGAUGCAGCUCUUCCAGAAACCAAGAAAGAGGAAAUUAUAGAACCCCAACCCGAAGAGCAUGAAGUUGAAGACUUCGAUUUAUCCCUUGAUUUUUCAAAAAAUUUGAAAAAGAAGAAGAAGAAGAAGAAGGAUCUGGACGAAUUAAUGGCAGAGGAAAGAAAAGAGAACGAAGUCAAUGACAAUGAGGAACCAAGCCAAUGGGUGGGUUCGGAUAGAGAUUAUACAUACGAUGAAUUGCUCGCAAGAGUAUUUAACAUAAUGAAAGAAAAGAAUCCUGAUAUGAUGGCAGGAAAGAAACAAAAGUUUGUUAUGAGACCACCACAGGUCGUUCGUAUUGGAACAAAAAAGACAUCUUUUUCUAAUUUCACCGAGAUUUGUAAAACCUUACACAGGCAACCCAAACAUUUGCUUGAUUUCCUAUUGGCUGAAUUGGGUACAAGUGGCUCUGUGGAUGGUAACAGUCAGUUAAUAAUCAAAGGUCGAUUUCAGCAAAAGCAGAUAGAAAAUGUACUCAGAAGAUACAUCAAGGAAUAUGUAACGUGUCACACGUGUCGUUCACCUGAUACUAUUCUGCAAAAAGAUACAAGACUUUUCUUCCUUCAAUGCGAAUCGUGUGGUUCAAGAUGUUCGGUGGCCAGUAUAAAGUCUGGUUUCCAGGCCGUUACCGGCAAGCGUGCUGCAAUUCGGGCCAAAACUGCCUAAGAAUAUUUUACAACUUGUACCACAUAUAUUAUUUAGAGUUAUAUGUUUAAUAAAAAAAAGGUUUUAAUAAAAAAAAUUAUCGUUGCAAUUUAUAUAUGUACGAUAAAAGCCGAUUUCGACUGCUGUCCAUCUCUUCUUCAAGAGUAAAGUGCGAUUGCUGUUUUUAUUGCUUAAUGAAAUAAAAACAACAGCAACAUGAAUUAGAUAUGAGUGUUGUCAAACUGUUUCUUUCUAUUUAAUCGAAUACGAAAGGAAAAUGAAGAAUAUGAUGGUUUAACUCGAUCAUAGUAAAAACGUUUCCAGAAGCAUUGCAGCGUUUGUCUCGUGAAAUGUGUAAAAAAUAAUAAAAAUAAAGAAAAUAAUGUGUACCGAAUGAACGCGCGUGCGAAUGACCGCUUUGAAAGAGUUAAUGUGUAAAUGAGAUAUGGCAAAACAUCUUUGGAUUUAGCGAUAUAUAU